GCUAAGAUUAUGAAUUCAUGAUAAAGAUCGCGCUCUUUGAUGCGACGUUUGCUCGCUGCGACUUCGUGCUGACAUUCACAAAUGCGCGAAUGAAAGUCUUUUCAUCUGAUGCGCGAUAUAUUUUUUGCUACUUUGGCUAGCAAUAUUGUGAUACAUCACACAACAUCACACUAUCACACUCGAAUGACGUAAUGUCCGCAGUGUCGCAUUCGUCUUUCUCCAGAAAAUACUCGAUGAAAACUCUCCUCACUGACAAUUUACCCCAUUCCGUUUAUUUUUACGUGUUAAUACUCAAUAAUUCGAGCGAAAUCAGUUUACAAAACGCUUGCAAAUAUCGAGCAAGAGUCUGUCAUUAUACAUUUUUAUUUACAAUUUUGCAUGAACAAUUAUAUAAUAUGUCACCUAUAGCAGUGUAGCUAGGUUUUUAGCCAAUUGCAAUCGGGAUUGAACAAUAUACAUUAUAAUAGUAUUUCCCAUGACUUCUGACUGGGAAAAGCCAAAAGUUAUUUCUCACUGGAUCACUGGGGAAAGCCGAAAUCAUUUCUGACUAGGAAAAGCUGAAAAUAUGUCGAAGCGCAGGCGUAACAAUUAUCAAUCGGUUGACGAUUUGCGAAUAGAUGUCAACUAGGAACUACAUCAAGAAUAUGUGGGGUCGAGGAUAUUAAGUGAUAUCCAAUUUAUUAAUUUGAAAGUCUGCAAUGAUCUAAAUGUUGACGUAAUUCUGUUUGUUCUUGUUUUGAAAUAUUGGUUGUCACUUGUGUGCUCUAUUGCCAAUGUUGCGUCUUCUUUGCUUGUACUCCCCGUGAAUGUACGUAAAGAAGUGUUGGCUUUGGUAUGUCCCAAUUUAGAAGAAGAAGAUGGAAAUGUUCUUUUACAGUCCGCUUCUAAAUUAAAAGUUCCUAGUACAACCGAUAGGAAGUUGCAUGUAUUUACACCUCCAUCCUCCAAAAUAGCUGGAAUGUUAUUAGGCUUUCAUUAUGAAAUGAUUGUGGAUAUUCUGGGAUUUUGUCCCCUGCCCAUUGUAUGUGGAACAAACAGACUUGGAAAGACAAAAUCUUCAAAAGCCGCACUAAGUCUUGUAGGAAAUGGAUCAAACUUCUUUUCAGCAGUAAGGGAAAGAUUCAUCCCCAGGCUAUGCAGCAGAUCAACUUUGCCUCCCGUGCUCGACGACGUUAAGAGCGCCACAGUUAUUGAAAAUGUUGCGGUCUCUUUCUACAACAGUGGCAAAGACGGGACAUGUGUUUUCGAAGCAGCUCCUCGAACCAUUCCGAUGUUCACAGUCAAUUGGGAAACUUUAGAGGGAUUGAACAAUGACCCCAGAGUACUUGGAAGGCUUGUCCUAAUUCCCUUUCAAGAAGGAACAAGAAGUCCUCUCGGAAUCGAGAAUCAACAGAACGCAGAAUUCCAAAACAAUGUAAUAAUGGAAAGAGGGUCUAGUGCUUUUGGGACCAUGGUGGCAAUUAGCAGAUCUGUUGAAUACCUCUGCAUAACGCGAACUAAUGAGCUCUGUCAACAAUUUGCCAUUGAAGCACCGAACAUCGACGACCGCUGUUUAAGAAAUCAUGCACUUUUGGUAGCAUUUGCUGAGAAGGUGAUACGGCUGGCAAAUAUUGAUGAUCUCUAUCCAAGCAAUGCCAUCGCUUUUUUCAAACAAACAAUCCUGCCAGUGUGGAUGAAACGAUUCCAGACAAACCAAGCGCAAGUGUCUCAUGCAAUGCUUCAAACAGAACAGCCAAUUAUUGUGGACUUAAUAAUGAAGUCAAUAGAGCACAAAAUAUCUUGCAAAAACUUACUCACUUGCGUAAAUCCAAAAGUGACAUUUAAGUCAAGCUCAAGUGGAGUAAGACUAAAUGGAGUAGCAGUGGCACUGAAAUGGUUCUUUGCCUUGCUAAAAGAUCACGGUAUUCUGUUUCCGAAUGAAGAAAGAGUGAGACAAGAAAUUAAGUCUCUCGACAUUGGGGUGGUCAAUGGGCGAAGCCAGUAUUUCAAUGCAAAUGCAAAUGGUGAAAAGAUCAGCAGAGGCUCAGAUGGAGUAGAAACUGCUUCCAGAAACUGCGUAAUUAUAAAACAAUCUGUAUUUGGAAGUGAGAAUUGGAUUGUUUUUUCGGAAGCCUUCAACAUCUUAGAUACAAAUAUCGCAAGAGACAGCUUGGGGUCCACCGCCGAAACCAGCAUAAACGAUUCAAACACAGCGUCUACGUCUGAAAUGGAAAUUGGUAAACGCAGCAGACCGUCAACAUCUGGAACCAGAAGAUACGAACCAAACACACCGUCCACAUCCGACAAUCAAAAUGGAAGAACAAACACAUCACGUGACGAAAAUGCAAACACCACGCAAGACUCACCCUUUGAGUGUGGUGGCACAACACCUGACGGACCUGACACACAAUCAAUAUAUGGUGCUGAGUCAACAAAUUUAGAUGAUAGUGGCAUUAAUCUGGAAGUGGAGCUGGGAGAAGUGGACAGAAUGGAUGUUUUAAACACAGUUAGUGCAUCAAAGAAGAAGAGAUGCAAGCAAAUAGGGAGCGAACUAGACAUGUUUAAAACAAAAAAGUUUAAGAACAAAGCCAAAUACAAGUAUUGCUAUUGCAAAAAGGAAAGGUCAAAGGACGAAGAAGACGAAAUGAUUGUUUGCGAAAACAGAAAAAGAAAAGCAAGAAAGUGUCCAGGAAACAAUUAUUACCACAUGGUCUGUUUGAAACUUAAAGCUGUACCAGACACCGAUCCUUGGUUCUGUCCCAGUUGCCGAGGAACUAACAGCAAGUGAUCAGUAACUGCCAUAUAUGUACAUAAUUUAAUUGAACGUUUAAUAAAACUUGAUUUUGGAAUACUAA